AUGCAGACCCCAGGCCACCAGCCUCCCGCGGCGGCACCAGGAAUCCCGCCGUCCGCAGGGAGCCCUCCCCCCGCAGGGAGCCCUCCCCGCGCGGUUCCGUCUGGCCCUCGCUCCCACCCUCCGCCCGCACCCGGGUCGCGACGCCCACCCCACGCCCCGGGGCCCUCCCCGCCCGCCCGGGCGGGGUCCCCGAGCCCCGCUCCCGGCUCCCCGCCCCGGCACUGCAGCACUCACCAAGACGGGUCCAGCGCGCAAGCUGCCUUUCCUGUGUGCUCGCUCAAGAUUCCCCUGCUCUUUGAAGGGAAACCGCUGCCGCCGCCCUUGGGUUCCGCAGCGGGUUCCUGGCGCGCAAGGAGGGUGCGGUUUGCAGCGGCUGCCCGAGGCGCGCCGGUGUGGUCAACAAAGAACAGAAUCCAGUCUCGCUGGGACACCUGCAUCACGUGUGGAUGUGAUCUGGCCACGCUGAAUGUGCUCGUGUGCAUGCUGGCCUGUGAGCGCCCCUGUGAGGACAGCUGCGCAAGCAUGGCCGUGUAUCUGUGCACACGGUGCGGAUAG